AUGCGAAGAAGCAUCGGCGCCGCCGCCGCCGCCGCCGCCAGGCGGCACACUCCACUCCCAUACUCCUGCGCCCCCGCCUUCUCCUCCUCGUCUGGAAGCGGCGGCGGUGAUGGCGGUUUCGGGCACGGGCGUGGACGCGGCCUGCCGGCCUCCGGGCAGCCGCGCGCUCCCGGGAGGCCCAUUUCCGACGACGAUGGCGCGGAUCCCUUCUCCGCCACAGCAUCCGUCGGCCGCGGCCGCGGGGAGCCUGCGGUACCCUCAUCCCCCAGCAUCCCGUCCUUCGCCGUGUUCUCUGGCGUCGGUCGCGGCCGCGGAUCCCCACUGCCCCCGCCGCCACCCCGCGAGGACGCCCCCAAGCAGCCGAGCUUCACCAAGCGCUUCGACAACGCUCCUCAGCGCCCCGAUCCGGAGCCGCCGAGUCUCGAUGCCUCCUCCUCCGCGGCGCCGCUCCCCCGCACGCUCCCGUUCUCCGGCGCCGGCCGCGGGGCCCCCCGGACGCAGCAGCCUGCACCGGAUAAGCCUCCGGAAGAGAACCGGUUCAUCCGGCGCCGCGAGGCGGCAAAACAGGCUGACGCCGAGCCGGCGAAACAGGCCGCCGCCGCGCAGCAACCGAAGUUGUCGCAACAGGAAGCCGUGGAUCGGGCGGUUGAACUCCUGGGCGGCGGGGACCGCAGCGGCGAAGAUGGCGGAGGGCGUGGUGGCAGGGGUCGCGGCUCCCGUGGCCGUGGCCCGGGCCGCGGCCGAUUCAGGGGGCGCGGGCGCAGCGACGGCAGGUCCUUUGACGUGGAAGACGACCGGCAAGCGAUCUACUUGGGAGACAACGCUGAUGGCGAUAGGCUAGAGAAGCGGCUCGGCGAGGACAAGAUGCAGACUCUGGAGCAGGCGUUCAUGGAGGCAGCAGAUAAUGCGCUGCCAGAUCCAAUCGAGGAUGGUUACCUCGAGGCUUUUCACACAAAUAGCAUGAUCGAGUUUGAGCCAGAGUACCAUGUGAAUUUUGGUAAUCCUGAUAUUGAUGAGAAACCACCAAUGUCCUUGGAGGAGAUGCUUCAGAAGGUGAAGCCCUUCAUAGUUGCAUUUGAGGGCAUCCAGAACCAGGAAGAAUGGGAGGAAUCUGUGAAAGAUGUAAUGGCUAGAGCCCCCCAUAUGAAAGAGCUCAUAGAUAUGUACAGUGGACCUGAUGUUGUGACUGCAAAACAACAAGAGGAGGAGCUGCAAAGAGUUGCAAACACUCUUCCAGAAAGCAUCCCUUCUUCAGUAAAGCGGUUUACUGACAAAACUCUACUCUCUCUUAAGAACAAUCCUGGCUGGGGUUUUGACAAGAAAUGCCAAUUCGUGGACAAGUUUACUUGCAUAGUUUCAGAGCAAUACAAGUAG